AUGUUGCGGGUGGGAUUGCAAGGGUGCGUGCACGGCGACCUGAGCCGGUGUUACGGAGCGUUGGGGGCCUCCGAGGUGGACUGUGUGGUGUGGUCUGGCGACGUGCAGUGUUUGCGGAGUGAAGCGGACUUCAGUUCCUUGGCAUGUCCGGACAAGUACAAGGCGCUUAAGGAUUUCCAGGCGUACUACCAGCUCCGGAAAGCUGCGCCGGUGCUGACUGUGUUCGUGGGAGGGAAUCACGAGAACAGUAACCUGCUGAAUGCGCUUCCUUACGGCGGCUGGGUGGCCCCGAACAUUUACUACAUGGGCCGAUCGGGUUGCGUGUCCAUCCGCAAGGGUGCUGCCUCCGGUAGGGAUGGCGCUCAGUCGUGUGGCGGUGAGACGCUCCUCCGUUUGGCAGGGCUUAGUGGCAUAUUUGACGGCCGGGACUAUAACAGGGGGUACUUUGAGAAAGAGCCCUUUGACUGGAAUACUGUGCGCAGCGUCUACCACGUUAGAGAACAUGACCUUGUUAAGCUGUCCAUGCUAUCACAGGCCGACUUGGUCCUAACCCACGACUGGCCGGCAGAUCUAGUCACCCGGCCAGAAGACAGAAGUAGAUUGCUCCAGAGGAAACCGUUCUUCCAAAAGGAUCUGGACGCCCACCGAUUAGGCAACCCUCACCUGCACCGGCUACUGGCCCUGCAGCCCGCAGUAUGGGCUGCGGCUCACCUACAUGUCAAUUUCAGCUGCCCUUACGGCAACUCACAAUUCAUCUCCCACGAUAAGCCCAAAAAACUUGUGGCCACAUCCAUCUGGAACACCACUGAAGGCCUAGUCAGUACGCCUAACGGACCCCUCAAGGUCAGACCACUAGGCCUCAGUUCACGCCCUCAGCGAUAUGUCGGCUCGGGACAUGCAGAUCCAGGCUACGCAGGCCCCGAAUAUGCAGGCCAAGGACACAUGAACCAGCCGGCUACAAAUUCCCAGUCUGGUAUAAACCGACGACACGAAAUCCCUCCUUGGUAUCACCAGAAAGAUGAUAAUCAAAAUGACCGGGACAAGAAACGACAACGGACCACCCGUCCAUCAUACAAUGUCAAUGACACCCGAAUUAAUGAUACCCGUAUUAAUGACGCCCUUCCCAAUAAUCAAUGUGCCAUCCUCAUUGACCUUGAAUGGUUCGUUAUCCAGCGACGGACAGUUCCUAUAACCCAUAUGCACCGGUCGCCUGCACCGGCCUUGGAUCCCGAUAGUCUAGCCUCUCCUGUAACCCGGUAUGAGCUCGAGCCAAUCAUCAACGCCAUUUCGACGAAGAUCCGCCCCUGCUGGACGAUAAAUGAUAUCUUCAACCCGAGUGAAAACAUGGUUCCUUUAGCAUCACUUCGCUCGUUCACCAUCCCAUACCCGCAGUUCGAUCACACGCGACCGCAUGAACAGACUGCGUGGUGGUUAAGUAUAUUCAUGGUUGAUGUUGCAACCCCGACGGUAUCAUCUUCGGGGAUCGAAAGUCCAGUAGAGAAACUCCCACAGAUUAAACGAUCGCCUCCAUCAUUUUUAGAGCCCGUCUCUUGUAGCGGACUGCGAAAUCCGCUCUUGGACGAGGAAGAAAGUCUCUCUCUCGAUGAACAAUAA